AACUGAUAAGAAAUUAAUUAUACGUAUCGAAAGGACUAUCUCCGCAAGAAAUCACCAAUCGUACAACACGCCAAAAUUUGGAAAUGCGAGGCACGAGACAUAUUGCAGUAGUUUUCUUACUUUUUAUCAAUGUUCAAGAUGUGUUUGGAAGCGAAGAGGAAGGGAUUCACACCCAGGACCGACGGUUAUUGCUGAACGACCCACAGACUUUACUCACGCAAAUCGAGGCGUUGCAAAGGGAAACGCAGACUAUGAAAACGGAGAUGAAUACCAUGAGGACCCAAGUGACGACACAACAGACGCAGAUUCACUCUCUGGAGAAUAAACGACACGAAGAUGGCAUAACGGGUGGGAAACCCCACCACGAGCCAGGGGGCGGGGUAAACACACUUUGUUUGCCACAUGACCCGGACAACGCAUCCCAUAAUUUCCCGACUAGUUUGCAAUCGGCGGCGCAUGUAUAUGGAGACGAGUACGAGUUUACGUACGGAAAUAUCGCGCGAGAUGAUGACGUUCCGUGUGCAGUUUGUCACCUACAAAGUGCCACCUCUGUGUUGAUGAUACCGGCAAAAACCACGUGUCCCAGCGGUUGGACCAUGCAAUAUCACGGAUAUUUAGUUACCGAUAAUGAUGAUUCGGGUUGGCAUGUUACCGAUUUUAUCUCUCUCCAUGGUGACCCCGAAUAUUUAACCGAGGGUGCGCGACAACAUAAUUUAAACGGUCAUGUUCUGUAUCCAGUCGCAGCUGUUUGUGGUUCUCUCCCCUGCCCUCCCUAUAAGUCGGGUCAAUACAUAACGUGUGUUGUUUGCUCGUUGUAAUGAUUAAAGUCAAAGAUGAACGUUCGUUAAAGGCUAAGUGUAGUUAUUUUUAAACUUUCAUUUUUCUUUGGUUCAAAAUGCAUUGAUAUGGUAAUUGUACUAUACACAGAAGGAAAUCAAGCAAUCAUUAUUCUUUCGCAUAAUUUUCGAAAUCGCAUACAAUGCUUUAUUUAAAACAUCAAUCCAAAACUGGUAGUAAUGAAUGUUGAUUGCGAUCAUCCGGGAAAAAAUCAUUGAAUAAUAUUCAUAUAUAUUAGACAAUUUCAGAAAUGAUGACCAAAUUCCAAUAGAAACACUCUGUAAGAUAUAAUAUUGAUUCCUGAACAAGACAGUCACAGUGGGUGUGACCGGUCAACAGGGGAUGCUUACUCCUCCUAGGCACCUGAUCCCACCUCUGGUAUAUCCAGGGGUCCGUGUUCGCCCAACUCUCUACUUUGUAUUACUUAUAGGAGUUAUGAGUUUUAUCACUGUUCGUUAUAUUCAUCUUUCGUGUAUCUGUUUCCUUUCUUGGUCAAACUUAAAUAAGGGCGGGGGGAGGGGUAAUGUCAUAUUGGCUAUAUUGUAAAGUAAGUACAACGUAUCAUAAUAUCAAGGCGAAGGCCACAGCAAGAUAUAUUUUCUUCUUAUGUAAAACUCUUGAAUAAAUUCAGUUCAAACAGCUUUUA